UGGGCGUACCUAUGGUUAAGGCGAGAACAUUGCACGUGGGCGGGGGCAGAUAAAUAGCUGAAGAUGUGCAGUAUGUUGCCACCUAACUGCAGUUUCCCAAUAACGGUUUGAAAUGUCGGAUCCAAACGAUUUAGCGGGACUCCGUGCCUCCAGACGGGGCUUACGAUUGGAUAGAUAACUUUGAUCUUGACUUAUUCAGUAAUUUUUCAAUUGGGAAUAAUUUUGACAGAGAUUUAUUUCUAUUCUAUUGUAAGCUCUUUGAUAUUCAAUAUGGUGGUAGCGAAAAUACGAUAAGUGAUUCUAAGGCUCUGGAAGCUGUUAAAGAUGUUAAUCGAGAUUUACUACAUCAACAGAAUGAUGAACAAAAUGAUCGCGCUGAAGAAAUUGAAGGUCUACCGUCAGUCUUAAGGAUCGUACGCAGAUCCCGCCAGAGACUUCCACGUUUCAAACUUGAGACACAUGUGAUGGAGUUUGUAACAAUCCUUUACCCAAAGGACGUGACCCUACCGACCGGGUGAAAGGCCUUUUCGCAACGUGUAUAAUGAAAUUAUUGAGGCACUAGGACGCGGUAUGAAUCAAAUGUGCCUUACAUUCCAUUUUGCAAAUAUGGAAAGAGACAAUGCCUGGAUAAGUCCACGUGCGAUCAACGGUUAUGAGUUUCAAGAAUCUCCUGAGCUCCAUCGCGCAGAGCGUCAACGGUUUCGGCUGUGCCGAUACGCUAUGGAUCAAACUUUAUGUGCCUGAAGCCCUGGUAGGUCAAGGGUUGCUUGAAAGUGACAUGAUGAGAAGGCUGAGAAGAAAAUGUAUUCUUCACAUUUCGAGUGACAAGGGCUUGUGCCUUGCCCGAUCACUUGUUGUGGCCACAGUAUAUGCGAAAGAAUUGGAAACGAGAGCGGAUACGGGUAAGAUACACAAAGUAUGGCAAUCCAUAUGGUAAUGCAAGAGUAGAAUACAGCAUGAGGAGGCCAAAAGCCUAAUUCAAAUGGCACGAGCCAUUGCUCCUGGCGAGGGCUGUGCUCUACAGGACGUCGCUCAAUAUCAACUGUUCUUGGCUGAAGAAGGAUGCCUUAUCAAGGUUUAUUCUUUCACGAGGAAUGCAAAAGAUCACCCUGUAGUCUACGAUGGUACGCCUGAACUCAUUAGCAGGAAGAUGUCCGUACGGUGCACCUUACCGAUUGUGUUUUGUCCAGGAGAUAAACACUAUGAGCCAAUCCAAAAUUUACCUUCUUUCUUUGGCGUGAAAUAUCCUUGCAAACCGUGUUAUAAGCUUUACACUGUGCGGGGACUUAUUUGUGAUAAGACUCGCGACAUGUGCUUGAAUAAUCCUCCGUGUGACUCUACGAUCGUUGAAAAAAUAGUGUGUGACGAUUGUAAGCGACAGUUUCACGGCCAAUUAUGUUCCGAACAACAUAAAAAGGCAAGGUUUUUUUGUGGGAAUAAUCGGACCGUCUGUGGGCACAUGAAAUUGGGUGAACAAUGUAAUAGGAAAAAGAAUCAUCGUAAAACUCAGAAUCAUGUGUGCCAUAAAUAUUAUUGCAACGUAUGUCAAAUGGACAAAAGUGUUUCUGAUCUGUACUAUAUGCCUACCUUAAAGAGUAAGAAAAAAUGAGCCGUCAUGGGACGCCUGGCAGAUGUGAAACAUCGUGUGUGUACAAGUAAUAUGCAUAAAAGAUAAUAUUAUUACAGGAAUUAAAUAUAGCCUAAUGAAAAAAUGAAGUAUUACGAGAUUCUUACAGUAAAUGGUAACUUUAUUUAAUAAACAUUUAUUUACAUGAUAUAAAAAUCCGAUAUUAGUAUCAAGUUGCCGCAAUUUAAAUAUUUUCAUCUGUGGCUUCAAUAAUAGUUAUAUUCGAUUUUUCCUCUGCCGGUAUUACUGUGACGAUUGGUCGAUGAUAACUAAAGUACGUUACAAAAGUAUUGGAUGAAACACCAUCAAGAUAUCUCACAAAUACAGCAUCUAUUGUUGUUCCAUAUUUGGUAGUAGAUUCUUUUGGAUCGUUAUUGAUUUGCCAUUGAAAUUCUUUUUGAAGAAAUGUCAUUAAUGGCAUUGAUUCAGCUCUUGCAAAAUUUACAUUGAAAUAUGCAGCUAAAAAUAAUGGUAGUUUAUGUUUAUUCGUUUUAAGAAUUAUUGAACCUGUUUGACUAUAAGGAAAUAACCUUUCAUGUAAAAAUGAAAUGAUAUGAUCCAUUUUGUUAUUAGGUGAAAUGUAUAUUAUAAUCAUAAUUAAUUCACUUCCGUCUUGUAGUUUAACAUGUG